ACGGAAAACACGUCGUCUUUGGCAAAGUCAUAAAGGGUAAAUCAGUAGUGCGUGCCAUUGAAAAUAAUCCAACUAUUUCUAAUGAUAAGCCUAUCAAGGAUGUCGAGAUUGUCGAUUGUGGAGAAUUGAAAGAAGAUGAAAAUAUUGAAACAACGGAGUCGGCCGACGGAGACAUUUACGAAGAUUGGCCUGAUGAUCAGCCUGAAAAGUCAGAGCCAAAAGAACUCCUUCAAAUUGCUAAGAAAGUAAAGGAGAUCGGCAAUGAUUAUUUCAAGAAAUCAGAUUAUAGCACUGCUUUCAAAAAGUAUGCGAAGGCUAUUCGUUAUUUAGAGGAAGUAGAUGAAACUUCAGAGCUCGAGGAUGAAGUUAAUGCGUUAAAAAUUCCGUGUUACCUUAAUAAGGCAGCUUGUGCGCUAAAAUUUCAAAGUUGGAAAGAUACGAUCGAGGCUACUAAUGCAGUGUUGGAAAUGAAACAAGAAGCUUUAUCAGUGACGGAUAAAACCAAAGCAUUAUAUAGACGCGGAUGCGCAAAAGUUGGGAUGAAAGACGAAGAGGAGGCCAUAAAAGAUUUAAAAGAAGCCACGCAGUUAA